AUGUUACAUUCAUAGUGCUUUGGCUAUUUGUAUUUGGCAGCCUUGGUGUAUCCUUUGUUUCUUUAAAGAAACAAAACGUGUAAAAGUUUUGCCAAAAAUAUUCAAAAAGAAAGGAAUGUGGUUAUGGCCUCCCGUAGACAAUUCAGAUGUGCAGUGGCUUGCUUUAUUCACCCCAGACAGCACGGACUCCAUCUUGCAGAUUGAGAGGCUGAAGUCAAGAAAUGUAAAGUUCUUUAGAUCUUAUCUCAGAACUGUCAGACUCUGGACAGGAUUCACAGUUCAGUCCCGUCUGAGAAGGUUGAGUGUAUUUAAACUCUGCCCUGUAGGUCACAUAUGAAGACAGUUGACUAUAAUAGCAAACUAUGAAGAACACUUCCAAGAAGAACAAUAAUUUCAAAGCUCCUGAUACAGGAUUGAAUUCUGCGGAUGCUGAAAGGAGGAAAACAGAGGGUCGAAGUAACUUUGUUGAACUGCUGCCCAUGGAAGUCACUUUUAAAAUUUUCAGCCAGCUAGAUAUUCAGAGUUUGUGCAGAGCUUCCGGGACAUGCACGAGUUGGAAUCACGUGAUAAGAAACAAUGACUCCUUAUGGAAACCUCACUGCUUGACUGUACGAGCUGUGUGCCAGAAGGAAAUAGAUGAUGAUAUAGAAAGUGGUUAUACCUGGAGGGUCAUACUCCUAAGAAAUUACCAGAAGAGCAGAGUGAAACACGAGUGGCUAAGUGGCAGAUACAGCAACAUCCGUUCUCCUGUCAGCCUGCCAGAAAAAGCUAUGUGCCCAAUGGAUGCAGACACAUGGGGGGAAAUUCUAGAUGCAGAACUGGAAAGAGAAACUGAAAAAUGGCAGUAGUUUGCUGUCACAUAGUUAAAAUGACUCAAACUGCACAAGACUUUUAAAAAUCUGACAAGGUCUUUCUCCACCUUUUAAUAUUUAACAUUUAAAAGAAAACAAAGUUGAACAUGAAGCUUUGUUGGUAUUUUGCACUUUAGCUAAAAAAGAAAAAUUCUGGUCUUACACUGUAGGAAAAUCAUGAUAUGUUAUUUUAUAAGAAAUAAUAGACUGAUAGGAUGGUUUUGAAAUGUAUUGUUUUGUGUAUUUAUGUUAGAAUAUUGCAGUACUUUAAAUGAUAGAAUUUACAAUUAUUUUCUAUUUAAGCCU